CAAUUAUAAACUAACUUUUAUUGGACUUUUACGUUCGUUAACUUUUCUUCUCUUAAAUUCCAAGCCCCAACGGCUGAGAAUAAGCGACUACAAGUGCUCACAAUCAUAUUCUUGAGUCCUAGAUCAUAGACGACAGAGGAAGACAGGCCUUCCUCCUCCUAAUCGUCGUACACACUACUAUGUCACACGCGGACCUGGUGACUUCCACCCUUGACAUGGAAGUUCUUUCGAUGGAUGUGGACACUUUACAUCCAGACGUUGAGGAAAGUCUAUAUCGCCUGCGCGUAGGCAGUCAAGUGAAAUAUAUCACCAUCGAACCGGGAACAUUCCCUAGUGAUGUGUUGCCCUUCCCUAUGGACCUACUCCCCCUCCUACCACAUCUGCCGCCAGGCAAUUGGGUUGAGGCGCGUGUGGCGCGUGGCUCCAAUGGAAAUCCCACUGUGCAGCCCACGAAUACCAUACUUCCAGAAGUGCGGGAGCAGUGGCAUCCCAACAGAGUGGAUGCCCUUUCACUACCAUUUGUGAAAUUCAUGACCCCACGCGUUCGGGUGGUCCAGUGCGCUUCGAGGCCGGUGGUCUCCAAGAUUGCCAGGUUUGAUUUUGAGAUCCCGCGGAUGGAAAGAGAAACUGCAGUGUAUCGAGCGAUCGACGGGUGUAACGUAGGCCCAGCAUUCCUUGGGCACAUCGUCGAGGGCGACAGAGUAAUAGGGUUCUUAGUAGAACAAUUGCACGGACGACCAGCUGGUCCGGAAGACUUACAGGGAUGUCGUGAUGUGCUACAGCGCCUGCAUGCACUAGACAUCAUUCAUGGGGAUCCUAACAAACACAACUUCGUUGUGGCGUCGGACGGAACCGUCACGUUAAUCGACUUCGAGAAUGCGAUGUUGUGCAGGAGUGUUGAGAAGAAGAACGAGGAGCUCGCUACUUUGCCUGCGCAACUAAGUGAGACGACGGGUCGAGGAGGCAUGGUUCCGAGAGAAUUAGUUUACUGAAUGUACCGUUCGAUCGCAUAGUGGAAAGCAUUUAUCAACUCAACCGAUAUCGGUGAAUGCUGUGUAGCGCUGCUACUGUAGAUAGCCUAAAAUUACAAUUGUGAG